GGGUGACACUGCACUACUUUGCUGCUAAUUGCACGAAGUCAUUUCCUGGAAUUCCUCUAUUUCCCAGGAGUCCUAAUGUUGACAUCACGUACUGUCAAACAACAAGUCCUCCUGUGGAAGGUAACUUGGUAAGCAUUAGAGAAGAGGUGGGAAACCCUUUUAAUCCUAAAAGACACAGUUCAAUGAAAAGUAAAAUACGCCACACCAUAUAUAUAAAGUCAUGAUAUGUUAAUAUUAAAUAACAAUAAAUGAAGACAUAGGCUAUGUAGUCAUAUUUCAACGAAAACUAGUUGUCAAAUUUUCGGUUUUGAAACCGAAAACUGGUUGUGUAUUUUCGCAAACCAGUUACCGAUUUUAUUUUACUCAUGAUCUUUAAACAUAAAAUCAAGAAUUUUUUUUUUUUAAUAAACACAAACAUAAACUAACAGCGAAUGUAUACACGUUUUUUUUUUUUUUUUUUUUUUUGGCAUCUUGUGUCAAUGGCACGCUUUAAUGGGGUUUGCUAAAUUCCAGACAGGACACUUCAAUGAAAUCCGAAAUCGCUUUGUUUGAACAAGGGUGUAGUCUGCUGUCAGUUAACACUAUGGGAUAAAUGCAGUAUCACCAUCACAUUAAAAAUCAAUAAUUAUAUUAGUUAUUACGGGAUUUAUUUUACAUAUAAUUCAAUUGUUUUAGCUCCAGCUAGAAGUCAGUUUUCAGUUUAUAAAAAUAUUUUUUGAAUUAUUGAAAUCAAAAUUAAUUUACAAAUUUGGCUGGUCACAUUAACAAAGCUGAUAUCUGGGAUAAAAUAACUACCAUACGCUGCCCUAGGGUUUAGUGUGGCUACUACCAAACUCUUUCUUGAGGUUUGAUGUGGCAACUGUAUACCACACGCUGCCCUGGGAUUUGGUGUGGUGGGUCAAGUGCUGGAACCAAACUGGUGAGAAAGUGGCUUCGUGAUCUCUAAAAAUAUUUCUACUUCCACUUACCAGAUUGUAAAACUACUAGCUGUAGUACCCGUUCUACGCCCAGGUAAUGCGCCAUUGUAUUGGCACAUAUUUUUAAAUCUACGGCAGUCUAUGGAGUUUAAUUAUCUGCCGAAAACGUCUUUGUAGACAACAUUUUUGGUGUAAACUCUUUAGGACAGGACCACAUAGACUUUGUAUCGUACACGACUUAAUGGACCACAUAGACCGUGUAUCAUCAGGACUUAAUGGACCACAUAGACCGUGUAUCAUACAGGACUUAAUGGACCACAUGGGCCGUAUAUAAUACAGGACUUAAUGGACCACAUGGGCCGUGUAUCAUACAUGACUUAAUGGACCACAUGGGCCGUGUAUCAUACAGGACUUAAUGGACCACAUGGGCCGUGUAUCAUACAGGACUUAAUGGACCACAUGGGCCGUGUAUCAUACAGGGUUUUACAAUUUCAUGUAGCCUCGUGUGAGCAUUUUUAUCAGGGCGUUCUUCUUCUUCUUUAUUUUAAGGGCCCACGAUCGAUGAAUUGAUCAUUCUAGCUCCUAUGUUUCAGAGGGGUUUGCGAUGUUACUGUCCAUGGGUUUCAAUGGGAUACUUCACUGGUUGCAAGGGCGACUCAGCAGUGGUGUUAUGAACUGGGGGUUGGAAUACAGGAGGCAAUAGACACAAAUGUAUCGAGUGUAGCCGCCUCAACUGUUGCUUUUGGAAGCUUGUUCCAGUCCCCUAUUGUCUUCGGCAGGAAUGAGGAGCUUCUGUACUUUGUUCUUGUUUUUACCAGCCGGAACUGUUUGUCGUGACUUCGUCGCAGUCUGGGGGGAAGAUUAACGAGUUUCUGUUUGAUUCCGGAGCAGUGCACCAGUCCAUUUGUUAUCUUGUACAACAUGGUGAGCCUGGAUAGUCGUCGUCGUUCUUCCAAUGUCGACCAGCCCAGUGUUUCCAGCAUGCUGCCAACACUCGAGGUGCUUCUGUAGCGGUUCAUGACAAAGCGUGCUGCCCGUCGCUGGACCGCCUCCAACCUGUCGAUGCUUUUCUGGGUAAAUGGGUCCCAGACUGUAGAAGCAUACUCUAAAAUAGGUCGGACAAAGGCUUUAUAGGCUUUUUCUUUCACGCUUGAGUUGCCGAUCUUCAGAUUGCGCCUUAGGAACCCCAGGGUCUUGUUUGCCCGGUUGCACACACUGUUAAUGUGCUCGUCCCAGCGGACCUCUCUUUGGAUGGUAACACCCAAGUACUUAACGGAGGAAACUGGCUCAAGAAUAUGGCCAUGCAGUUCGUAAGAGUGGUUUAGAGGGAACCUGCUUCUGGAGACUGACAGGGUUUGGCACUUGACGGGAUGAAAUUCCAUGUCCCAGCUCAUCUCCCACUCAGCUAACCGAUUGAGGUCUUGUUGAAGCUGGCUCUGGUCAGAGCUGUUGACCAUUGUCCUAUAUACCGCCGUGUCGUCUGCGAACAGUCUUGCUUGAGAGGUCAGCUUCUCGGGCAGAUCAUUGAUAUAUGCUAGGAACAAACAAGGGCCUAGCACUGAGCCCUGGGGGACCCCUGACUUAACACCGACAAAGGAGGAGGUUUUGCCAUCUACCACUACUGCCUGGCAUCGGUCGCUGAGGAAGCUAGAGAUCCAUGUUUUGGUAGUGCCUUGGAUCCCAUAUCUAUGCAGUUUGUGCAAUAGCAAGCUAUGGUCUGCACAGAUAAUUUUGUAAACUCUGCAGCUUUUUCUUCGUGGGCCAUCAAUAGCAAUAUGUGCUCAUGGGGUAGACCACGUUUUUGGAACUCAAUUACGUGGAUCAUAGUCCAAGCACGCCCAAAUCUUGGUGUUUGGUUUAGUCUUCAAUUUCUCCAGCUCCAUCUCCGUUGAAGAAGAGGUGAACGUCAGGUUCGCAAAAGCAACAGCAACUAUGGCUAAAUUGAAUAAGCGGGUGUGGAAUAUUGGUAAAAAAAAUGAAAGCGCAACACUAAGCGACUAUCAAGUAUGUGUGAUUAGUACGCUCCUAUAUGGCAGGGAAGUGUGGAACACCUAUGCCAAUGAUGAACAGAAACUCAACUCGAUGGUAGGACAAGGUGCCUAACACGGGGUUUUAGAACGUGCCAAAAUGUGUAGUGUGUUCUUCACUCUAAGCAAGCCUUCGCUGGUUAGGUCAUGUCAGAAGAAUGGAUGAAGGCCAUAUUCCCGAAGAAUCUCCUGUUUGAUUGGCAGAAGGGGCAAGACUCAUGGGACGGCUGCGGCUACCAUUUAUGGACGUUUGGAAAAGGAGUACGAGUGGGGGCCAACACCCAAGCGUCAUUGACAUGUGCCGUAGCUAAUUACUACAAUUCUUGCUGCGAACAUCUAUAGAUCUGAAUAGUAUAGGCCUAUACACAAGAACCAGGAACCCUGGUGACACCCUGUUCUCAUGAAACCCUGUUCUGAUGCCUACCUGCUCUGGUUCCAACCAGCUCUUGUAUUUAACUGGCAUUGGUUAUAUAAUGGACUCGAGGCAUCUGACAAAUGUGAAAUUUCCGUUUCGUGUCGCCCCAUGUGUGGUGUAACUCAGGUGCGGCCCCGACCCCCUCAUCCCCUUAAUGAUGCUAUUGCUCAAACUGCGGUCCUCCUACCUUGUUGAAUCCCAAACAUUAUGGACGUUGUAGUGUAAGCAGUAGCGCCCCCCCUCUUCACCCCUACCCCCCCCUUUACACAAUAAAGAAAAAGGUUUAUUUAAUUUUAAACUUUAAAGGCUGGAUAAUUUAUUCUAAGGUCGUUUUAAGAGAGGUGAAGCUGAAAAUUUAAAACAAUUAAAAAACUCCACUCAAUUUCGCUUCUAUUUAUUUAUUUUUAGAAGUAUUAAAAUACGUUUACGUCAUUCCGGAAACAUAAUAUUCAAUUUAACAAUUUAACAUUAAUUAAAGCUAAUUAUCUAUUUCAAAGUAUAAACUGUAUAUAUAUAUUAUAUAUUCCAGAUUUGAGAAUAAAAACAUAAAAACAACGCAUUCAUACAAUUAUUUUUUUUAAAGUCCGUGCUCUAAAUUACAAUAUAGAUGCAGGAUUUUGUUACUAUUUAUUAAAUUUACUGUGUUAACGACAUACACGGUGUAUUAUUACUAUACGUAAUUAUGUUAAUCUAUUAUUAUGUUCCUCGUGUAGCUGGAAUACAACCCCCUCUAUGCCUUUGGAGAAAAUUAUAAUAACAACAUGGCCGUCAUUGCUCGUCUUUCGGUGACUGCCCUCCGUAUCUACAUCACAGCACCUGCGAGUGUCGUCCCCUUGAAGAGUUAUGUCGCCAUCAGUGAUAUGUUCAUAGAUGGACAAUGCAAGUGUUUUGGGCAUGCCAGUAGCUGCGGUGGACCGGUAAUACUUUGAAUAAAAUAACUAAAACAAUCAAUCGAUAAUUUUAUUAAAGAAUUAUCAUUAUCAAUUAAUACAGCCUGCUCCCUUGAUCACAAUUCCCUUAGACUAACUUUAAGCACGGCUGCAUUUCCGUAUCUAAAACCUUCCAGAAUCUAAUGCAACACGACCCAGAGGCUAGUGCAACAAAUUGUGCACAAAAUAGAUUAACAUGCAUCCGCUAAAGUUUAAAGGAAAAGUAUAUUUCAUGACAAUGGUCGUAGAUCAAAAGAAGAAAUAAAACUAAGGCUAAAAUAAUGACUUUGCACAUAGUUUAUGUAAAAGGUUUCUGAAACUACCUUCAAAAAACGACUCUAUUACAUUCCACCGUGAAAAUAUGGAAUUUAAAUAGAUCAAAAUGAAACUCGUAGUAAAUCUAUAAGCUGGGCAUAACACGAAAUAUGCAGUAAACAUGUAUGGGGUUCGGUAUGGGGUUUAAGGUCAGUUGUAUGUGGGUUGAUAAAAGAAGGUGUCUCAAAUUUACAAAAGUUCUGUCGUCUCUACACCCCAUACAAUUACAUAUACAUUGUAAUAAUUUGUUAUGAAACGGUAAACCUUGUAACGCCUCAUCAAUGAUAUGCACAGUUCAUUAUUCUAAAAUCAUCAUCCAUGAUAUGCACACUUUAUUUUUCUAAAAAUCAUCAAAUAUAUGCACUAUUCGUUAUUUUAAAACAUCCAUGAUACGCACAAUUCAUUGUCGCAACACAUUAUUCCCAAUGGAUACAUUUCAUUCACAAUCUGUGUUUCUUCCCACCACAGAAUGGCGCCACAUGUGACUGUACCCAUAAUACGAAGGGGCAGAAGUGUGAUGCUUGCCAACCUUUGUAUAACAACAGAGCUUGGUUGCCAGGCAACGAAACCAACGCCCGGGAGUGUCUCGGUAAAUACGUUUAAUGAAUACUAAAUGUCAGAUCGAAGUAUUUGUUAAGGAACCGGCAAAAUGUCUGGAAAAGAUCAUUUUUCGCAUUUAAUGGAAACAAUAUUUUAAAGUGAAAUGCAUAGUUUAAUAUGUUAAUUAUGUGUAAAUGUGUAGAUUCCAUACUUCAUGUGGUAUAACUACUAAAGCUUGGGCUGAUACCGUAAUAUGGCAUAAGUGAGAUUUAUGCUUGAUCGUGUAUAUUCUAAAAAAAGACAAGUUUUCACAAACUUUAAUAUGGUUGGUAUGUGUAAUCACCAUCAAAUGCUUUUAUAUGUGGCUCACCAAAUGCUACAGAGCUUAAAUUCCUCCCCACACUUAGUUUCAAGGGGACAUUUAACAUUGAAAUUAGGGGAGAUCCUUGAUAAGAUUCUAUGGGAAUAUGUGCCAUUGGUUUUUAUGAUAUUUUUUUAAAGUUUUAAAACAGUGAAGUCGUGUGUUAUAACAAUAAAAUAGCACGACCAAAAAUUUUUAAAAAAGAUUAGAAGCUAGCCCCUGACUCUUUGCAUUAUGUAAAAGAUUGACCUCCUGGCUCUUUGCAUUGUUUACAAGAUUAGCCUACUGACUCUUGGCAUUGUUUCAAAGCAAUAAUUUAGGAAUGUCAGUAGGUUACAUUUUUUUUAUUAUUUAAAAAAAAUGGUUUGUGCUUUUUUAUUGUUAUAUUUUAACAAUAAUGUCAACAAUAUUCGCUGAACUUUUUGUUGUUCCGGGCAAUACGAAAUGAAGCAAACAUUUGAAUGUUUACAAACCAUUUGUAAGAUAUUAAACAGCUCCAGAGUGUUUGGAGUUGCGUCUGUCGGUAGGCCUAAGCCUAAGCCCAGGUUGCAUUGACCGCCAGGCAUUCCACAAAAUAUUCUAUGGAUCCGCCACUGAGGUACAAUACGAAGCAAUUUAAGGCCUUUUCCUUUCUCAGAGUGCACUUGUAACGGGCACGCGGAUACAUGCGUCUAUGACGCAACCAAGGGGACGGGAGUGUGUAUCAAUUGCACCGGCAACACAUCCGGUGACCGGUGUGACACGUGCACGACUGGAUUCUACCUCAAUCCAAACCGUGCCGCCGUCAGUGACAACACUGCUGAACCAUUUUGUUUGGGUAAGUCUAUUAUGUUCAUCUAAUGGGUAUAGGUCAGUCGGGUGUGUUCCAAAAUGUCUGAGUAACAAGGGUGCUGACGUCAGUAACAACAUUUUGUUUGGGCGAGUCUAUAGCGUUCAUCUAUUGGGCUAGGUAAGUCAGGUGUGUUUCAAUAUGACUGAGUAACAAGGGUGCCCACAGUCCGUAAACUUGAAGACAUUCCGUAAACUUGAAGACAUUCUGUAAACUUGAAGACAUUCCAUAAACUUGAAGACAUUCUGUUAACUUGAACACAGUCCGUAAACUUGAAGACAUUCUGUAAACUUGAAGACAGUCCAUAAACUUGAAGACAUUCCGUAAACUUGAAGACAUUCUGUAAACUUGAAGACAUUCCAUAAACUUGAAGACAUUCCAUAAACUUGAAGACAUUCUGUAAACUUGAACACAGUCCGCAAACUUGAAGACAUUCCAUAAACUUGAAGACAUUCUGUUAACUUGAACACAGUCAAUAAACUUGAAGACAUUCCGUAAACUUGAAGACAGCCCAUAAACUUGAAGACAUUCCAUAAACUUGAAGACAUUCUGUAAACUUGAAGACAUUCCAUAAACUUGAAGAAAUUCCGUAAACUUGAAGACGGUCCAUAAACUUGAAGACAGUCCAUAAACUUGAAACAAUCCGUAAACUUGAACACAGUCCGUAAACUUGAAGACAUUCCGUAAACUUGAAGAUAUUCCAUAAACUUGAAGACAUUCCGUAAACUUGAAGACAGUCCAUAAACUUGAAGACAUUCCAUAAACUUGACGACAUUCUGUAAACUUGAAGACAUUCUGUAAACUUGAAGACAGUCCAUAUACUUGAAGACAUUCCGUAAACUUGAAGACAGUCUGUAAACUUGAAGACAUUCCAUAAACUUGAAGACAUUCUGUAAACUUGAAGACAUUCUGUAAACUUUAAGACAUUCUGUAAACUUGAAUACAUUCCGUAAACUUGAAGACAUUCCGUAAACUUGAAGACAUUCCGUAAACUUGAAGACAUUCCGUAAACUUGAAUACAUUCCGUAAACUUGAAGACAUUCUGUAAACUUGAAGACAGUCUGUAAACUUGAAGACAUUCCAUAAACUUGAAGACAUUCCGUAAACUUGAAGACAGUCUGUGAACGUUGCGACCUAAAAUGAUUUUUCUGUAAAUGUCCGUAAGAACUUUAGGAUGUCUGUUAAAAAAAUGAGUCAUUGAAAAAAAAAUGAUGUAUAAAGAACGGGACAGCUCAACUCUCAACUCUAAGGAUUCUGUCUUAUUCUCUUGGAACUUGUAGGAUCAUGAUCAGAAGAUAUACAUCAAAGAUAAGACAAGAAGAAUUAUUUUUUUUAUUACUUUUGUAGCUUUCUUUUUAAAAAUGUGUCCAUAUCAUGUUUGCCGAUUGAGAAAAUGUUUUCGCAAGUUUUAUUGUUUCGAGUUGCCAACACCCACUGGGUGAGUGUCUUGUCUCCACAACAUGUUUGGGUAAGUCGGCAGUGUUUAUAACGUGUUUGGACAAGUCCAUAUCAUCGAGUUAUAAAAUAUGUGAUCAAAUUCAAGCACAGGGGGGGGGGGCUUUAAUAAUUGUAUUUUUUUAUGAUUUUGGAGGGUUAUAUCAUUAAUGUAAGUGUUUAAGUUAUUUGAUUUUUUAGGUUUAGGUUAAGGAAUUUUAUUGAUGUUUUCGCAAGUUUUAUUGUUUCGAGUUGCCAACACCCAUUGGGUGAGUGUCUUGUCUCCACAACAUGUUUGGGUAAGUCGGCAGUGUUUAAAACGUGUUUGGACAAGUCCAUAUCAUCGAGUUAUAAAAUAUGUGAUCAAAUUCAAGCACAGGGGGGGGGGGCUUUAAUAAUUGUAUUUUUUUAUGAUUUUGGAGAGUUAUAUCAUUAAUGUAAGUGUUUAAGUUAUUUGAUUUAUCAGGUUUAUGACAAGGAAUUUUAUUGGUCAUUAAGACGUGUGCAUUAUCAUAUAAUUUAAAGCCCAUUAUUUACUGUGUACCUUUCAGCGUGUAACUGCAACCAAAAUGGCACUCUGUCAACCGACGUGUCCUCCUGUGACGUCACUACCGGCCAAUGUAAAUGCAAAGAGAACGUGAUGCAACGAGACUGCGGCGAAUGCAAAGAUGCGUAUUGGGGUUUGGCUGGCGAUAAGCCGCUGGGUUGUGCUGGUAGGUACAUCCGAUCAAGAUGGGAUUUCCGUAUCCAGAAUUUAAUUCAGCCGUCACAUCAACUCGUGUGUCUAUAUAACUUGACACUUGCGCCCUGCGAACAUCUUAACACGGCAUCAUUAUAGCUCAUAAAACAGUUUCACUCUAUAAGAUAUGGGCGCUAUAGGAGAAAAAAAAAAGUGGGGUGACGUCUUUGAAAAGUUUUCCCAACCCGUGAAAAGAGGUCUUGUACAAAUCAUCCUGCACCACAGGAAACAUAAGAGAGAAAUUUAUGGAGAUGACUGAAGGAACAAAAAUGGGUGAAUAUGCUGUGGCAACGUUCACACUGAUUUGGGACACAGGGCGGGGCGGGUCAGUCGAGUAAUAUCGAGUAAUUUAUUUAGGAUCAGUUGACCGUUUCUAAAGUAAAUGAAGAAAAGUGACCAACGGUGAAGAUAACCCGUUAGUAGGCAAGAUGACCUCAAACUCCCCCCCCUCCCCCACAACCCACCCAGCCACUUUUUUUUUUCAAAAUUCAACACACGUGUUUUACCUAUGAGCACAUUAAACAUACAUCCCACAGCGUGUGCGUGUAACACGGCAGGAACCAUCAACAGCACCAACGUGUGUGACAAGGCCACUGGCACGUGUGCGUGUAAGCAAAAUGUAGAGGGCGCCACAUGCAAUCAGUGUAAAGUGAGUACUUCUUUGACACCAUAGUUUAUUGACAACAGCAGCAUAAUAAAAAAAUAAAAUAAAAGAAACACGUACGUUAUUUAUAAUCAGAAAACAAUGGCGGAGCGAAGCAUGAAAUUCCCUUCUACAAAAGUUACUUGACAAAACAAGCAUUUAAGUAACACACUAUUUUAGAAUCUCUAUUUGUGCUACAUUCCCUCCCCUAGGGUCCGCCACAUUUUUCCACGCCCCUGAACUGUAUUAACAUUCUGAUCUCCCACCCCCUGUUACAAUGAAGAUAUAUUGCAUCAUAUUUAAAUUGAAACCAAUUCAAUUUCCGAAAAAAUAAAAGGAAAUAUAACGCCCUUUCUGUAUGUUUUAAUAAUCUUAUUCAGCGCAAUCAUCGGGAAUUUUAUUUUGCGCGCUAUUGAACUCACCAUUACACCAUAAUUUCUUUCACCUGCUGUCAUUAGCGAUAAGAAUAAAUAGCAAUUAAAACCCUUGAAAAGUUGUAGGUGACCUACAGUUGAACCUGCGGUACCAAGAAGUCUAGCAGUCCUUUAGGAAUGAACUAAAGCAGUGGUCCUCAACCAUCCUAAUGCCGCGGCCCUUUAAUAUACAGUUCCUCGUGUUGUGGUGAACCCCAACCAUUAAACCAUAUUCGUUGCUAUUUCAUAAAUAUGUGUGUUCCGAUGGUCUUAGGCGACCCUUGUGUAAGAAGGGUCGUUCGACCGCCCAAGAUGGUAGUGACUCACACGUUAAGAACCGCUUAACUAAAAGAUAAGGGUACCGAAUUUGCAAUCAUAAACAGUAAUCACGUGUGGCGGCGAUUGGGGUAUCGAAAACACCGUGCUGUCAAUCAUACACAGUAAUCACGUGUAGCGGUGAUCGGGGUAUCGAAAACACCGUGCUGUCAAUCAUACACAGUAAUCACGUGUAGCGGCGAUUCAGGUAUCGAAAACACCGUGUUGUCAAGUCUUGUGAGGAAUGUCAUGUGUGAUCAAGAGCUUUGGAUAUCGACAACGCAAUUGGAUCAAGCAACAUGUGUCCCGGGGGUUGGGGGGUGUGAGGAUAAACACAGCCGAUAUCCACAGUUUGCCGAGAGCUAAAUGUUCCUGAAUGUCCUAUUCAUCCGAGACGGCCCUUGCCUCUCACAACGUGUUACCUCCUUUCAUAUCGCCGUUUGGUUUCAUCAUAAAAUCGAACAACUUAAAACAUUAAUCUCUAUAAUUAUUGAACCCCCCCCCCACACACACACACACCAAUUCACUCAAUAAAAUAUAACCACGAUUUCAGCCUUGCCACCAAGAAGGUCUCUGUGUUGUGCAACAUUGAACCUGGAAAUGUGCACAAUGGGAUGAAUGGAACACGUGAAUGCAAUGUAGUUUUGUGUCCCGCUUUUAAACAAUUCUGUUAAUCGCAUCAAAUUGUAUCCACGUAUUCAUUCUUUUGACAAGCUUAAUGUUCAAGGUUGGAUACACUGAAAAUAACUGACUUUGGAAAGUGAGGGAGUGAGUUUGGGGAGGGGGGGAGGAUGAUGACCAACUAACACACAUAAUCUGGUGAGGAUCUGAGAUUACUCUCUUAUGACCCCGGCUAUCAACUCCAUCUGUUGAGCUACAACAUUUUCCUCACAAAGGGUCCUCCAACCGCCCUGGCUUCCCCCGGGAGAUCUAGUGAGGGACCUUCGGUCAACAGGUAUGCUCUAGAAUCUCCGGGGCCAGGCUGCAAUGCCGGCAAGUUGGAUCCCUAAAUAAUGCAAAUAGGUACUUAGUAGUUCCUACAUUAUUUUAUAUAUGGCAUCCUUCCGUCUUCGCGAGACGAUGGAGUAGCUAUGUAGUCCUACACUUCGACAAGUGGCUCACUAGGCCAAUCCUGGAAUGACAAUCUCGACUGCAUUUCUCGCAGGAGACUAUUGAAUCCUUGUUAAGUUUGCUCCUCUGUAUUGUUUUUUUUUUUGUUGUUGCAAGGGUUUCAUUUCGCACAUCUUCUGCCUUUUUUGACUCCUUCAUACACUGCUGUUGAGCAGCAGGAACGUUGGUCGGCAAUGAUCUCCAAUUUGUUAAUAUCAAUGUUGGCAUUUGGGGAUGAAGCGUGAUUUUCAAAUAAGCUUUAUUAUUAUUAUUAUCGUUAUUAUUAUUAUAUUUAUUAUUAUUAUAUUUAUUUUAUUUGUCAUUUCUUCCAAAACCAAUCUACCCUCAUCCCCGAUUGAUAUACAGUAGCAUCAUACUGCACACUUUAACACAAAAAAUUUGAUAUACAAUGGCAUGAGACUCAGUAGUGUAGCUAGAGUUUGUGACUUAGGGACGGUCCUUGACUUCCCCCCCCCCCCCCCCUUCCCAAAAACCGUUAUAUCAUGUGUCAGAUAGCGUCAGUUCACACGAUCAAAUUUUCGAUCAUGAUCANGGGGGGGAGGGAGAGAGAGAGAGAGAGAGAGAGAGAGAGAGAGAGAGAGAGAGAGAGAGAGAGAGAGAGAGAGAGAGGGAGAGAGAGAAUUUAGCUUUAUCUGAAUAGCUGUGUUCAAGAUGAUGUGUCUACAUUGAUAUGUCUAAGUUGAUAAGUCUAAAUUGAUACGGCUUAGUUGAUAAGUCUGGAUUGAUAUUGCUUAGUUGAUAAGUCUAAAUUAAUAGGUUUUAGUUGAUAAGUCUAAAUUAAUAUGGCUUAGUUUUAGUCUAAAUUGAUAUAAUAUGGCAGUGACAAAUACCGAGUUUAAGAGAUUCUGACAAACAGUAAGAAAUAAAUUACUACCAUAACUUAAAUAGGAGACAUUUAUUUUUUUAAAAAAUGUUUUAUAAUAGGCUUAGAGUCAACUCAAGCGACACCAAUGUUACUUUCAAAUCAUCAAAGUUCUUGUAUUAUAAUCUCCACAAACCAGAAUCUGACCUACAUCUCCGACUCGUCGAACCCCUUGAGCUGCACGUUGUGUGACUGCGAUCCCGGGGCCUCCAGUCAGAUGACAUGCGACUUCAGUUCCGGUCAGUGUCCGUGUUAUGGUCACCUCGGAGGGCGUGACUGCAGGUCGCCAACCCCAGGCUUCUUUGUGCCGAGGCUGGACUACAUCAUACUAGAACCUGAGAAUCUCGUCCCCGUGGUAAGUGGUGCUAGGGGUACGGGGGGGGGGGGUGGGGGGGGGUUUAUACCAAUGGUUGAGUUGCUCUAGUGCACAUGUGUCAAACUCAAGGCCCGCGGGCCACAUCCGGCCAACCAUUGGUGAGUAGCGCUAGUGGUACUGGGUAGGUUUAUACCAUUGGUGAGUAGCGCUAGUGGUACUGGGUAGGUUUAUACCAUUGGUGAGUAGCGCUAGUGGUACUGGGUAGGUUUAUACCAUUGGUGAGUAGCGCUAGUGGUACUGGGUAGGUUUAUGCCAUUGGUGAGUAGCGCUAGUGGUACUGGGUAGGUUUAUACCAUUGGUGAGUAGCGCUAGUGGUACUGGGUAGGUUUAUACCAUUGGUGAGUAGCGCUAGUGGUACUGGGUAGGUUUAUACCAUUGGUGAGUAGCGCUAGUGGUACUGGGUAGGUUUAUGCCAUUGGUGAGUAGCGCUAGUGGUACUGGGUAGGUUUAUACCAUUGGUGAGUAGCGCUAGUGGUACUGGGUAGGUUUAUACCAUUGGUGAGUAGCGCUAGUGGUACUGGGUAGGUUUAUACCAUUGGUGAGUAGCGCUAGUGGUACUGGGUAGGUUUAUACCAUUGGUGAGUAGCGCUAGUGGUACUGGGUAGGUUUAUACCAUUGUGAGUAGUGCAAGUGGUACUGGGUAGGUUUAUGCCAUUGGCGAGUAGCCCUAUUGGUACUGGGGGUGUUUUGUACCAUUGGCGAGUAGCGCUAGUGAUACUGGGGGAGUUUCAUACCAUUGGUGAGUAGAUAUCUCCACUGCCCACACGUCAUAUAUUCGUAUAAAUUAGGGUUCUCUUGCUCAAAUUUGUUAAAACCUAAGAGUAAGAACUUGGGCUAUUGGUUUCCCCGGCUUUAAAGCAAAAGAUUUUUUUUUUCUUAAGAACUUAACAUGGCGUAUUGAAAGAACUAUCUUCAAUAACUAUCUUCUGCGGAAUAUUUUUAAAAAAAAUUCAUUUCAUAUAUCAUGUAUUGUUUAAGAAUACUAGGAUUAGCUAAAAUUAGUUUAUUAGUAAAGUUUAUAACGGGUUUUAUGCAGACUUAAGUGCAAUUUAUUUCAUACUAUGAUAAACAAUAAUUUGUCUUAAUGAUCUCAAGAUUAGAUUUUGAUAUAUCCUAACGGACUGCUACUUUCAGAAUGUUGUGCUCAGAUCCGGUCAUGGUACAGCUGGCAGUACUGUUAGUGGGACUGGCUUUGUCAGAAUUACAGCUGCCAAUCAAACUCAGUUCGCCUUUACCGCCACUUAUAGUGGUCUAAUGGAAGCUGUGGUCCGAUAUGAGGUGAGCAUCAAUGAAAUGCCGUCUAAUGCAUGGACCCACUGGGCACUGGUCCAGGGCUCCACGCUUCUAGGGGGCCUCACGUUUCUAAGAGACUCACAGAAGCAUCAUGUUUUACACAUUGUUAAUGAAUUUCGAAAGAAUUUUCAAAUUUAAAUUGAUUUAAAAUUCAGUGGACAGCACGUUUCCCGAUUUUAACCCACGAUAUUGUUGGCACAUUCCAAAAUUAAAGUUAUAAAUGCGAAUCAUAAGGUGGAUACUUCUUAAAGGGGGGUAACUCUCGUAAACAAGUUUUACUUCUCCCGGACGUGAAUCCAAACAAAUAUAGGAAUUAUUUUUGUUUACAAUCUUAUUAUUAUAGAUUGUUAGACUAAGAUGUUAUUCCCGGGUAAUAAUCAAUAGCUACACAAAUGCACCUUACUUAGAGUAGUGAAAUUAAGUGGAGAAAGCAGUGCCGUCUUAACUUACGGCAUUGACACACUGCGCACUUGCCAAGGGCAAUGACAAUGUCUCUUAGCCCUAGCUAGGCAGGUCUUAUCUAGGGGGCAUCACGUCUUGGAACGGACAAAAAUAUGAUUCUCUUUUAGUUUGGUAUUCAAAACUGGACUAUGAAGAUGCUAAGGACGAAAUUAAGCUGGAGCUAAAAGCAUACCCUCAGGGGGCUCCAUUAACAGAAUGAAUUUAUUGUUAUGUACGGCCAUGGCAGUGGCGACAAAAUCAGAGUUGACCCUGGGCAUAUAAAUUCCUAAUUUCUGUGCUUAUAGAUGCCCUGCCCCCUCCCCUGAACGCCUGAAAUACUAUACCCACUCCCCAACAUAAAAAUUACCAUAAAUAAACUGGUCAAAAUGCACAGUCCUAGACCAUUCAUAAUGCUUUAAUGCAUAACAUUACUUGAAUUUGAAUAGUAGUAUUAGUAGGCUAAUAGGCUAUAGAUUGCCGUUCCCAGGAAAAGCGGUGCCCAGGGCACACGAUUAAGAUUAUUGUAGUGCCUCUGUCUAUGCGAAUUAAAUGUGAUUUUUGGUUACCGUGAUUUUUAUGGUUAAAUUCACUAUAAAAGGUCUAUUUUAAGAUGAUUUUGCCGCCACCUGAUAUUGGCGCCAGGGUUGAUUGGCCCUCUCGCCCCUUCCUUAGCACAGCCCUAUGUAUACAGAGGGUUAGGGAUGUCAGUUCAGUACUGUGCUCAGGGCCUUCGCUGCUGUAAAAACAGCCCUGAAUCACUGUAAAGUAGAGCCUAAUUGUGACAUAUGAUGAAUGAGAGAGGAAGUGCAAAUAGAUGGGACUGAUUUAUAUUGAAUUUCUUUACUAGGUAGAGAUGAUGAUUCAGUGUCAGAAAACUGGGACUUCUUCAGCACCCCUGCUUUUUAAUUAAUCUCAGUUUAGAAAACAAUAGUUACAAUAUUUAUCUGAAGCUUUUAGGGGUUUAUUUCACUAGCAUUCGCAUUAUAUGAGUUGAUUUUUUUUCACUGGCGAUUUGCAACAAAAUUAGAAGAUUCACAUGAAUUCCAUCAUAAGUAUAACUAUACUGGGUUCUUUUUAAACAGAAUUUUAAAAAAAAUUUAAUAAAAUAUAUUUUGCCUUUUCUUCAACUUCCUUAAAUUCAUUUAUUAUCUUUUAUUUCUUAUGGGUAGGCUAUUGAAUUUUUCUUGAUGAUCUUUGAAAAGACUGAUUAUUAAUUAAAAUUUAAUGUUUCAUUUUAAAUGCCCAAGUUUCAAACUUUGUAGUUUUGUUAGUACAACAAUUAUUUUUAAAGUAAUAUUUUAACUUGUUUACCUUGACAGAAAAUAACAAAUGACAGCUCUGUGUCUGUGAGGCUGACCUUAACUUCUUCUGGAAAUUAUACUUGUAAUGACAACACAAUUACUGCUGGCCAGUCCUGGAGUUUGGAUCCUACUAACACUCGAGUGGACAUGAGAGGUAAAUCUGAUAUAGAUGGGUAUAAGAAAUUUCUAAGAAUUAUGUCAUUACACCUGAGAUGUCAUUACCUAAGUACAACAAUACAACUUUGUUUUUUAAUCUCUUUUUUUUAAAAAAUCGAAAUGACAUACUAUGUACAAAUGGUAAAUGCUCAUAUUUUAUUCGUAUGGCUGAAUUUACUUUUAUGUACAUAUCAUUUUAAAAUAAUCUUGAAUAUGGAUAUAAGAUAUCAUAUUUUUUUUAUAUGUACAGAAAUCUUAGUCAUAAACCACACAGUAAAAAAGUGUAUUUGUGUUUAAGCUGGACUCUCCAUGGGCAAAGUUUGUUUAAAUGCUGGAACAUCUUAUACAGCGGUCAUUAGUACAUCAGGCUCUGCGAUGUUGAUUGAUUCUGUGAGUAAACCUUCCUCUUUGCCAAGAGAUUAUUUCAUUUAACCUAGUAAAAUUCAUGAUGAAAUCUCUGAUGAUAUAGUCAUUGGAAAUUCUCUUUGAUUUAAAUUCUGAUCAGGAUAUCCUAUGUUCUGAUUUUCUUUCAGUCCAUUGUUAUUAAUCUAAGUAUACUUUUUGAAAAAUCAGAAUAAUCCAGUGUGAGGUUUUGUUGACAAGCAGCUAUAGUUUUUUGUUUUAAAUAUAUAUUUGUAUAACAAAUUAUAAGUGAGACACAUCAAUAAUCCAUUGAAAGAUCCAUGUUUUAUUCCAUCAGUAUAAAUAACAAAUCUUUUACAAUUAAUGUAAUCACAAAAAAUUCUUUGUAUCCUGUGGCUUCACUUAAUUAACUGCUUAGGCUGAUCCAUUCUUGAGAUGCAUUAUUUUCUAUUGACCUUUAAUCUGUUAUAGGCUCCCCCACCACAAUCUGUUAUACCACAAAUAUAUUAUACAUCCAACCCAACUAGUUAUACCUUCAACCCACUCUGUUAUACCUCCAAAUUGUUAUAGCUGCAACCAAACCGGUGCUCCAACCCAACAUGUUAUUCAUCCAACCUAACCUGUUAAACCUCCAACCCAACCUGUAAUUAUACCUCCAACUCAAUCUGUUAUACCUCCAACCCAAUCUGUUAUACCUCCAACCCAACCUGUGCUCAAACCUAACCUGUCACACCUGAAACCAAGCUGUGCUCCAACCCAACCUGUUAUACCUCCAACUCAACCUGUUAUACCUCCAACCCAACCUGUUUUUCCUCCAACCCAACCUGUUUUACCUCCAACCCAACAUGAUGUACCUCCCAUUCAACCUGUUAUACAUCCAACCCAAUCAAACUCUCUCUGACUUUAAAUGAAUAAUUUCCCCAAUAUCUAAUUUUUAUAAACUUCUUGUUGACAUUCUCUUAACUCCCUUAGUAAAAGUCAUCCUAAUGUCAAGUGUUGAAUUAUUUUUGUAUAAUAUAAUGAUACACCAGUUUGCAAAUCUUCACAGUUUCAUCCCAAACAAUUGGGGCCACUGUGUGAAGCUUUCAAGGGAGAACCCUUGAAUACAUUGUCUCUGGAGUCUACAUGCAUGUUUUAUGACAGUAAAACUGAAUCCAUCUUUGAGCCUUGACCCUUGCAGAAACACUUGGCCAGACCUAACUUUGACCUAUGACAGAUGGACAUUAUAUGAUGCAAGUGUAAUGUAUCUUAACAUCUAAAUCUUACAGUCUGUGAAUUUGUCCACAGCUUGUUUUCAUCCCAGAUGCAGCUACCUUCACAGAACUCACAAGCAGGAUAGACUUGAACAACAUAACAAACUGCAUGCAGAUGGCCAGAGAUGCUGUCAGGUCAAACAGAGACAUCUGUGCCAAAGUAGAGUACAGUCUGAUGGUGUACCUGCUCAAAGGAGCUGUAGGUGAGUUAUCAUAAAAUACAUAUUUAGCCAAAGUACUGGAAAAAUUAGAGUCAAAUUAUGUUUGGAGAAAGCUCUACAAAAGUCCAUUAGUCCUGAUAUUAUAAUCAUAAGUUAAUUAUUUUAAUUGGACACUAGAGGUUGCGUUCCUAUUGUGUUCAAUAAGAACAAUAAACAGAUUUUGUUGGAUUGGAACAAUAAUUAGAGAUUGUUUUCUUAUUUCUUUUUUUUUUUUUUUGACUGAAUGAUAAAUACUAAAUAGAGAUUUAGAAAUGUGUUUUAAAAUUUUAAAACAUGAUAAAGAUUAGUUUGUUUAUUUUCAAGAAAAUUUUUCUAAAAAAAGAACAAUAAACAGAUUUUGUUGGAUUGGAACAAUAAUUAGAGAUUGUUUUCUUAUUUCUUUUUUUUUUUUUUUUGACUGAAUGAUAAAUACUAAAUAGAGAUUUAGAAAUGUGAUUUAAAAUUUUAAAACAUGAUCAAGAUUAGUUUGUUUAUUUUCAAGAACAUUAUUCUAAAAAUGUGACGCAUAUCGAUAAAAUAUGAAGUUAACAUAAAUAAAUAUUAACCAAGUGUGACCUGCCAUGAACUGUUGAUUGGUCUAAUGUUUUAUUUUAUCUCCACAGCAUGCUCACCUGCAUCUGCAGUCAAUGCAAGCUCCCAGUGUGACUCCUCCAGUGGUGAUGGCCCUUGCUUGACUGGAGUUCUUCCCCCUGACUGUUCCAAAUGCAAGGCUGAUUACUUUCAGUUCUCAUUGAUCAAUGGCUGUCCUGGUGUGUUUCAAGAUAAUUUUUUCAAAUGUCUACGUUUUAAUUAUUUGUUUAAGGUAUCUGUGAGAUUUUAAAGAUAUUAUUGGUUAGUUAUUAGAUUAUAAGGCACAAUUUUGUGUCAGCUAUCAAUGGAAAAGAAGGGAAGGAAAAUUGAAAAUAUUGAAAAUAGUAGCUUAUCACUCAAUUAUCACAUUUAAAUUGGCAGUUUGUCAGAAAAACUCAAGUGUUAUGUUAUUAUUGUAGAAAAAAAAAACUUUUGUGCCUUCAGCUUGUGGUUGUCACCAAAAUGGUUCUCUGUCUGACAUUUGUGAUUCUACUGGAGUGUGUUCCUGUAGACCCAAUGUUCAGGGAUCUAAGUGCAAUGCCUGCAUACCAGAGUUUUAUGGCCUAUACACGAGUGAGUUUUUGCUUUCAAUUGUUUAUUCUUCUCCCCUUUACGCUCAUACUUUACUGUUGGCCAAUCUUUCAGAGUGUUCAUUUUAAAAAAAAAAAUUUAUCGCGUGAUAUGUCAUACAAUCUUUUUAUUUGUUUUUAAAAUUUCAUUCCUUAUUUCUGAAAAAAAUGUAUUUGCCGUGACAGCUUGUGUCUUUACAGUGCUUUAUAGUGCUCUGCAUUUAGAAAAUUCUUAUCAAAGUAUUGAGCUACAGAUAUUUAAUUAAAUUAUGCAAUUAAAACACCUAUUUUUUCAUUUAAAAAAAAUAUACAUACAACACCAUUUGUUAGAAAAUUAUUUUUUAAAAAUUGAUUUAUGUUAGUUUCCAUUUGUACAUGAGAGAGAUUGCUACUUUUAUCUUUAUAAAAAAAGGAAUUAUUUUUCUUAUUAAAAUUGUGUAUUCUUGUUGGAUAAUCCAUACUUUUUAAAGGGAUUUUGAAAUUUCAGUUGUUGUGUAGCUCAAGCCAUAAACUGAAAUUUAAAUAAACUGCUACUGAUAAGGGAUUUUUUAAAACAAUGUUAUGACAUCGAACCAACUAAUUUUUAGCUGGGACCUAUUCUUGACUGCUAAAUUUUAUUGAGUAUGAAAUAAAGUUACUAAUAGUUCGAACACUACAAGCUGUAGAUAUAAUGGGCUUAACUACUUUCUUUUAUUGUUAAAAUAAUAUGAUCUGAUUUCCUUGUAUGUGUAUGACUUACUGUAGAUAAUAUCCCAGAGUCUUACCAAGAGCACUUAAAAUUAUUAUUUAACACCUAUGACAUGUGUACUCCGUAGAAACUGGUUGCACACAGUGCAAGUGUAACCCAAACUUUUCCUUCAACAAUUCAUGUAAUGACUAUGGGGAUUGCCCUUGCAAGCCAGGGGUAAAAGGUCCUUUAUGUGAAAGUUGUAUGAAUGGGUGAGUACCAUGGAACAUUUUUAGAAGAAAAAAAAGUGAUUUUAAUGAAGGGUUGUAUUCUAUGCACAGAAUUUCUUUCCCUUUUUUCUAUUUAAUUAAAGCUUAACCAUUGGAUACGUUCACAAAGAAAAAAAUAUUUAUUUUCUGAAAGAAAAGAGCGUAAUGGGUUGGUGAAUAUAAUUUUCAAUUUCAUAUCAUUUGUGGUUGUCAUGGUUUGGCUAAGUAAACAUGGAUCGGAUGACGUCACCGUGAAUUGAGAGGAAAGAAAUUAUUCAGAGUAAAAGUAUACAUUUAAUUUUAAAAACUAUAUUAUUGAGUCUGUUUUAAUUAACCCUACUUAACUUACUCGAAUCAAGUUUAGAAACAAAAACAUGAUUUUGGAACCAACUCAAAUUGGCAAUAACGGGCAAGCUUCUCGGUUUUACAAAAAGUUGAACAUAGCCUAUAAUUUUUGUUUACUUGCACAAUUUAUAUAUUUAAUCUACUUAAGCAUUAUCACCAACCUCUUAUAAUUAGUCAUUAUAUUCUGGGCUUGUUGUAGGCAUUUAAUUGUUGUAUGUAUAUUAAUUUCAUGUACCAAAAACUAAAUAUUUGAUAAUGAAGUGAAAGAAUUUUAUCUUUAUCAUUUAUUACUUUAAAAGUAAAUGACUUUGUAAGCAAUUUUGUUUAAUAAAUUAUUUUCAAAAUAUAAAAUUUAAAAAAAUUAAUUUUUUAUUUCAAGAAAGAUGAUAUAUGAAGCUGGUGUAUGCCUAUUUAGAAAAAACUAUUUAUAAAUUUAGAAAAACUAUUUCUAAAUGUUCACAGAUUUUAUAACCUUACUGUCAAUGGUUGCACACAGUGUGAAUGUAAUUUAGAUGGGAGCACAGGAAGAGCUUGUGAUGUUACAUCUGGGAGUUGUGAGUGUCUUCCAAGUGUUCAGGGCAGCACAUGCUCUAACUGUAAAAAUGGUGAGUAUAACAGUAGGAUAUAUAGUAAUAUUUAUUUCUGAAAGACAUACAACAGUAGGUCAUUAUGACAGGUAUACAUAAUAGGUCAGUAUGACUGACAAGCAAUAGUAGUUAAGAAGUAUAGACUUACAGUUUCUGUCAAUGCACCCACUCAUUGAUUGUAUUACAAAGUUUAUAACAUAAUUAAUUUUCAAUAAUAACUUUGGUCAUGUCCUGCAAUUUAUAAUGGAGAUAUUUCAGUUUGUGUUUAUCCAUACAUAAUACCCAACCCUCAAUGAUAUCACAAUUCAACCUGCAUAUUUUUUGUUCCUUAACUGUUCAAACAACGACAUGCUAUUUUCGUUCUCAGUUGUGCUCACUUUCUAACUAUUAAAUAUGAUCUCUUUGUGUUAGGGACCUAUGGGCUGGGAGAGUGGAAUCCUAAUGGUUGCAUCCCUUGCUUUUGCUGGGGCCAUGGCCAGGUUUGUUCAUCUGCUGAGGGUUGGUACAAUGAACCGGUCACCAGCUCAAGUUCUGAUGUCUGGUCAGCUCAAGAUGCUGAGGGCAAUAGUAUCUAUGUGCUGACUGUCUCUGCUGAUAGCCAGUAAGUUGCGCAAUGUCUCUUUCUGGAUUCAAUUUUUUGUUUCUUUUUUAAAACAGUGUCUGAACCAUUCACUCAUAUAUAAACCAAUCAGUUAUGUCUGAACCAUUCACUCAUAUAUAAACCAAUCAGUUAUGUCUGAACCAUUCACUCAUAUAUAAACCAAUCAGUUAUGUCUGAACCAUUCACUCAUAUAUAAACCAAUCAGCUAUGUCUGAACCAUUCACUCAUAUAUAAACCAAUCAGUUAUGUCUGAACCAUUCACUCAUAUAUAAACCAAUCAGUUAUGUCUGAACCAUUCACUCAUAGAUAAACCAAUCAGUUAUGUCUGAACCAUUCACUCAUAUAUAAACCAAUCAGUUAUGUCUGAACCAUUCACUCAUAUAUAAACCAAUCAGCUAUGUCUGAACCAUUCACUCAUAUAUAAACCAAUCAGUUAUGUCUGAACCAUUCCCUUAUUUUACUUCAUUCUGGGCUGAUGUCUUCUUCUGUACCUUUUCAACCCCCCCUGGUGGAGCCUAAAACAAUUUCUUUCCAAGCCUCCCAGUCUCUCUAGCUAUGCUCUCUAACUCUUUCCAACUCCUUCCAGUCUUUGUUACUUCUUUGUCUACAUUUAUUCUCCAGGUGUUUUUGAGUCUUCUUCGUCCUCAUGGACCUUGAUGUAUAAUAUUCCAGUUAUUUGAGCUCAUCCUUCUGUUACCACUUUCAUUUAUAUUUAGACAUUUCAAGAAGAUUAUUUAAGGGAUCACUGUUCAAAUAUAUUUUAUUUAACGAAUUUAAUGCAGUUGUUAUUACUAGUCCAAAGAGCGGAAGCAAUUCAUCUAAACAAAUAUCAGUCCACUUUUAUUGUUUCUAAGAUCUGCUGUGAUAAUUUAAUUAAUUUCAAAAUUAUAAGAAAUGAUUUUUGUUCCCCAGAAAUGCAACGAAGAUAGAGCCUGAUCAUUUGGCAACAUCGGACAUUUACUUUGUUGCCCCCGGAAAAUUUCUAGGUGAUCGUAAAUCUUCUUACGGUCGUUACAUCACCAUUACCCUGUCCCCAUUUGAUGUUGGUAACAACACUGAAGUACAACUUUCUGGUGCUUAUACGAACUAUACACUGGUCUACUCUCACAGUGGGACUGUCAAUAAUUCAACAUUGAAGGAGUUAACCAUUCAGGUCGGUGACUAUUUAUUAGCCAAACCUUUAUAGAAUAUGGAAAGUGGAAAAAAAAUUAGUUAUGCAUAAAUUUGCACAAUCACCAAUGCAUUAAUAUAAUUUAUAAAACUGCUUGAAUGUCAAUAUUAAUUUUUGUAGGCUUUUAAUUGUUGAAUUAUUUAGUUUAUUUUUUUGCAGCAUAGCUAUAUAAUACAUUUCUGUAUCACAUUAUAACAUACAAUCAAAGAUUUUGAUUCCUUCCUUUGAUAACUGAAUUUAAAGAGUUAAGAAAGCUUACUCUUCAAAUGAAACAAAGACUUGAACAAUCAAUGAAUGAUCUGCUUACCCAGGCCCAGUUUGGAAUGCAAACCUAUGAUAUUCUAAUCAUAAUUGAUAACAGUUUUUCUCUCAUUGUGUCUAAAGUAUUAUAUAUGAGUUAAUGAAAUUGGGUUUUUUUGUCAUGAGAUUCAGAAAAAACAAAAACCGUGUGUUAUAAUUAGGCGUUAUUAUAGGCAAAAUCCUCCAGACUAUUCAUAGUUGUCAUUCAUGUUACCUUAGGAAUCAGAGCCAUCACAUCUGUCCUGUUUUGGUUAAUUAAGGGGCCCAGUGUUGUGUGGUGGAGACAAAUGUAACUAUCAACUUUGAAUGCAAGGGGCUCAAAACCGAAAAGUAGCAGGGGGAUAUCCAAAAGUUACCUGACAGCUCUGCUAGGAAUAUAAGGACAUUCAAAAGAAACGUUUUUACCCAUUUUGUAACAAGGUUAUCCACACAAGCAAGCACACAAGAUGUAAAAACUACUUAAAUUGAAUUGGCCAACCCUUAAGUUAAUAAAAUAAAUUUGUGUCAAUAAUGUGUAUAUUAAAAUUUCCAAGUGCUCUAGCCCUCAACAAGUAUACUUUGAUGUCUUUACCAACUAAAUAUUCUUUGAUGUCUUCCCCAAGUAUUCUUUGAUGUCUUUACUAACAAGUAUUCUUUGAUACCUUUACCAAAAAGUUUUCUUUGAUGCCUUUACCAAGUAUUCUUUGAUACCUUUUCCAACUAGUAUUAUUUGAUGUCUUUUCCCACUAGUAUUCUUUGAUGUCUUUACCAAGCUUUGUUUCUCCUCCAGAUUCCACUACUGGAGCAACAGUGGGAGGUGAAGACUAAAGUGGUUUCUACAUCAGCAACCACCAACCUUACCACCACCAGCUUUACCUCUUCUGGUAAUGCAUCCUACUAUCAGCUUCUGGAGACACUGUCAAAUUUGGCAUCCUUCCGCAUCAAAGCUUACAUAGCAAAUGCAAGUACUGCUACUUAUAUCUGAAUAUAACUCUUUGACAUCAGUCAGAUGUCAAAGUUUGAUUCAUGCAAUUAAAUUCUUUUUUUUUCUUUUUUUUAUGUUUAGAAAAAAAAAAAUUCAGGGAAAAAUCAACUUUUUUUGUGUAGUUAAAACAUCAAGUUUCAUUGGAUUCAAUGCAAACAACAGGAAAAUAAAAUGUGAAAUUUGAUCAUGACUUUACUCUAUGUGAAUAUUUUUUGUUCCUUACAUCCAGUCCAGCCAAGCCUUUAAUCUUCUGAGUGUGACCCUAGAAGGUGGCUCCACAAACAGUACGGCCAGCUCACCAGUAAACAAUGUGGAGAUGUGUGUUUGUGAACAUGGAUACACUGUAAGUAGCAGUUCUUGGCUUAUUUUUUUUUAUAAUCUCAUCUUUUUUUUUUUAGCCUUUUUUUUUGCCGAUUGUUUAAUUUAAUAGAUUUUAAAAAAUAUAAAAUAGCCUAUAAAAGAAAGAUAAUGAGAACUGGGCUAGUGAAAUUAUUGCUGUAAAGAAUAUACUAAAAAUUGAGUCAUGGCUCCUUCCUUCCUUGGUGUCCUUAUAUUAUUAAAUAUUAGCAAUGACACUUCAACUUUUUUUUGGGGUCAAACAUCCCAACCUGAGUGUUGUUGCCGUCCAACGAUGUGUAAUGAACUAAUUACAAGAGUGUUGGACUGCAACAAAGCUUUCAGGUAGAUUAAUGGGACACAAACAACCCCUUUUUCCUGUUUGGUAUUUUUAAUUUUACUUCCACCCACUUCCUUUCCAUUCUUCUGAGCCUUGUUUUCAUUGGGGACUUGUGCUCAUUCUUAUUCUUUUAUUUUCUUUUAUUUUUAGGUAGUAUAUAUAUAUAUUAUGUAAAUUUAAUGUAUACUUUUAUGAAUGUUUUUAAAUUUUUUUAUCAUUGUAGUGAUGAAGGCAUUUUGCCGUAACAUUUGCUUUUUUAUUCUGUGUAACCAUUAUUAAAGCUUUACCUAUAAUUGCUUUAUUUACACAAAUUGUUUCCCUUUAAUCAACAAUUUGUAAUGGUGAUACAAACUUUUUGCAUAAUGGCAUUUUGGUUUGGUUUACACCACAAGGAAAAUGUCUGGUUUACACCUUUACACCACAGGGAAAAUGUCUGGUUUACACCUUUACACCACAGGGAAAAUGUCUGGUUUACACCUUUACACCACUGGGAAAAUGUCUGGUUUUCACCACUGUGAAGAUGUCUGGUUUUCACAUUCACAUCCUACUGUCCAUUUCUUAACAUCUCAUUUUAGGGUAGCAGCUGCGAAUAUUGUGCACCGGGUUAUACAAGGGUCAGCCCAAACGCAACACAUCCUGGGACCCAGUGUGUGCCUUGUCGGUGCAAUGGUCAUGGCAUCACAGCAUGUGAUCAGCUUGGUCUAAACUGCUCCAAUCAAACAGUCAUUCCCUGUGACCCAGUUACAGGGGUGUGCACGUGUCAGCACAAUACCAUGGGAGACCACUGUCAAUUCUGCAAAACUGGUUACUAUGGCAAUGCAACAAAAGGAACCUCAGGUUAUUUAUUUCACAUUUUUAGCAUUUGCAGCUUCAUUAUUUAAAAAAGUUACUGAAAACAGUAAAUUCAGUGAGAAAAGGAUUAACACAUAGCACUAUAAUUGAAUGCUGUGUGGUUAUAUUGCUUUAAAGAUCACACCUAGCCAGCUAUGACAUAUUAUUUAAAUGCAAAUGGUGCAUUGAGAUUCUCCUUGCCAUGUUUCUUUCAAAACGCUCAAUAUUUCCACAGCUGACUGCCUACCAUGUGCUUGCCCUGGUUUGAUUGUAGCUGGGGUCAUCAACGUCUUUGCCAAUUCCUGCUCUCUCAUUGGUAGCCAACCAGUCUGUGAUAACUGCACAACUGGACACACUGGAGAUCACUGUGAAAUCUGUAGUAAUGGAUAUUUUGGAACCCCAAAAAAUGUUACGGUAUGUGAAACUCAAUGAAAAUGUUACGAUAUGUGAAACUCAAUGAAAAUGUUACGGUAUGUGAAACUCAAUGAAAAUGUUACUGUAUGUGAAACUCAAUGAAAAUGUUACGGUAUGUGAAACUCAAUGAAAAUGUUACGGUAUGUGAAACUCAAUGAAAAUGUUACGGUAUGUGAAACUCAAUGAAAAUGUUUAAAAUGAUGAAUUGGUUUUUUACUUUUUUAUUUGCAUAUAAUUAUGAGAGAAUUUAAAUGGGCAGAUUUUUUAUAUUUAUCUAUAGUAUUAAUUUAUUAAUUGUAAUCAAAACAUAUUUUAAAAAUCUAUUUAUCAUCUUGGAAAAAGCAUUCACUUAUCAGUUAGUUAGAAUGUACUUUCUUAGAAAAGGCUUUUUUUUUAAAUUACCUUAUUUCAUGGUUUAGUUUAUUGCAGGUUAUGUAGGUACCAUUCUUGCAUCCCCCUUCCUCCCCCCCCCCUAAUUUCUUAAUCUCUACCAACACCAUUGUAUACAAAAUAUUUAUAAAUCUUGGCAACAAAUCGUUCCCAAUGCUUGCAAAUAAUAAUUAUAUAAACCAUAUCAGGAUUUUAUAAAAUCACGCUCAUAAAUUUUCAGAUUAAAGCCACAAAACAAUAUGUUUGUAUCUGUGAUCCACAUAAGUGUUUUCCACAGCUCAACCAACUUAUAAUUAAUUAUUUAUUCAUAGUGGUGUGUAAAAGUUGUUAAAAACAAACGAUGAUCCGGCAGACUGAAGAAAUAAUAUGAUGUGCCGCUCUUACAAGUUUAUACACAUACAUACCUGUCUCAAACAAACGCUGCUCCUCAUAUGGCACUUUGUUGGAAUAUGAUUUGAUGCCUUUGGUGCCACCAAUGUAGAUCGAUCAUAAGGACAAUGAACUCUUUCCUUUUUUCUUGAAGAAUAACAGUGGAAAGUGCAUAAACUGUGAGUGUAAUGGGAGAGCUGACACGUGUGAUGGUAGAACAGGAAAGUGUGUAGCGUGUAGGAACCACACAGCAGGACAGAACUGUGAUAUUUGUGACCAAGAACACUUUGGUGAUGCAAUGGAUUCAGGAUGCCAGCGUAAGUCCUAAAUAUUUCUUGGGAUUUCAGCCUUAGUUCUCAAUAGAACUUAGGGGGUUUUCAGCAUAAUUUGUCAAUAGAACUUAAGAUGUCAGCAUUAGUUGCCAUUAGAUCAUAGGAUGUCAGUAAAAGUUGUCGAUAGAAUUUGGGUGUCAUUGCAAGUCAUAAAUAGAAAAUAGGAUGUCAUCAUAAGCUGUCAGUAGAAUGAGGGUGUCAGUGUAAGUCAUUAAUAGAACAUAAAAUAUCGGCAUAAAUUGUCAAUAAAACAUAGGAUGUCAGCAUAAGUCAUCAAUACAACUUAGGAUGUCAGCAUAGUUGUCAAUAGAACACAAUGAUGUCAGCAUAAGCCCACAGUAUAUAUUUUAAUUGCCUGUUUAAGAAAAGUGUUCUUGUGACACUCCAUCCUGGACUUGACCUUAUCAAUUAGUAAUGGAAUAUAUCAGUUUUAAAGUUUUAAAAGAAAGAAAGGGUUACCUGAUCACCAUUUGUUUGGCUUCAAGACUCUUAAAAAAAUGUAUGACACACAUAAUUUUAUCAUCCUCAUUUUAUCACUAAUGGAAAUAUAGAUGUCUAUCUUUUUUAAACAUUAGUAUAAUACAUAAUUACAUUAUAGAUUUUCUUUCUAAAACAUUUUGGGAAAAUUCAUUUAAAACUGUAAGCACUGCUCUUUUGAUCUUGUUUUCUUAAAAUAUUUUGUUGCUAAAACAGCAGAAAAUCAACCACUCAGGGGGAAAAAAAAUUAGAUAAAAAUAACUGUUAAACUUCUUCUUUCCAAAUGAAAACAAAUCCGAUUAGGAUAUUACAAUUUUUCUGUUAAUUUGAAAGUCUUUUGGUGAAACUUUGAGUCAGUGGAGUCAGGAAUGUUUGUAUCUACAGCUUGUGCCUGUGAAAACAUAACUGGAAGUACAGGACUUUGUAAUCACGUGACUGGGGAAUGUGAAUGUCUGCCCAAUGUUGCUGGGCCUUCCUGUACCGUGUGCAAUGACCUCAGCUUCAACUUGACAGCGGGGAUAGGCUGUCAACUGUGUGAAUGCAGUGCAGAUGGAUCAACAAGCACCACCUGUGAUAAGGUAAAUAGUGCAUGCAAGGUGCAGCAUUAACUUGAUGUGCUAAGAAAACAAAUAUUUGUGGGUGACCUUAUAAAUUCAGAUGUUUUAGUGAAAUUUUCUAGUAAUAUUUUUGGCUAAUUUUUACAAAUAAUAACAAUCUAUAUAAGUAAAUAUCAAACCUGAAAAAAAAAAAAAGAGAAAAAUUAAAAAAAUAAAUAAAUUAUAAUAUAUUUAAAUCUUAUUUGAUUUUAGACCAGUUCAUGUGGGGGAAUCUGUUUAUUUUAGUGAAAAAGUACCAGUAAUAAAAUAAUUUGAUUUUAAUUUGUUUAAUUUAGGGACUAAGGGUAUUUUCUACUUGUUAGAUCACUUUGAUGUUGAACACUUGGGCUUGGAGAUGCCAAAGGAAAUCAGUGCCUGUUUUGGGGUGUUUUUAAUUCUAUGCUAUGGAAAAAUGUAUAUGCGUUGAUGUAUCUCUUAUUGCAAGUGAAGAUAAUCAUGUCAAUAUUCUUAAAUAAGAAAUGUGUUAAUAGUCUGUAAAAAAUGAUAUACAGGCAGACCGAAUAAUGGAUGCACUAGAUUCCUGAAUUGAUUUAAUUAAAUUUCUUUGAUAAAAAUACAUGGUACACUAGACACACUUCUUCAUAUUUCUUUCUACUAUGUACUUGCACAUUAUUGGUCCAAAUUAUAAUCAAGCAAAGCUAACAACAAAUUAUAUCGUCCAAAAAUAAUGAGUUGAAGAUGGCUUUAUAUAUUUUUGUUUGUUUCUGUUUCAUUCUUUAUAAAGGCUGCCAUUUAAUAUUAAGUCUCUUAAAAAAAUAAUUCUUUAACCUCAGCUGUUUACUCCACUGAUUGUGGCUGUCUACAACAUAUUUUCAAUUGCAUUCCCCAAUCUUCACCCUACUUUGUUUUUAUCUCAAUCUUUUACUUUAAACUCUAGCAAAGUGUAACCCUGUUAAAUAGAUAUAAUCAAUUUGCGUAUGAUCUUUAGAUCAGUGGUCUGUGCACAUGUCGUAACUUGGUCACUGGACGCAAAUGUGAUAAGUGCCAGGAUGGUUACUGGAACGUUAAUAACAGGACUGGUUGUGAUCGUAAGUCAUUUAGAGAACAAAAAUUAUUUAAAAUUUUAAUUCAUCUCAAUAAUUUGGGUCUCUGUUUAAAAAAUUAAAACCUUCAAACUCCUUAACUAAAUUCAUAACCUGUUAACCUCUAUCUAUUUUUUUAACAUGUUACAUUUUUAAAAAUAUCAUUACUUGUUAAAUUAUAGAGUGGGAAAUAAACUGAAACAAAACUCUUGUUUAGCUGUUUUAUAGGUUCUUAUGUGUUAAAAAAAUAUAUUUUAAUGUUUGUAAGAUUCAUGUCUUAGAAUCUCUUUAUUUAUUAGCUUAAAUUUAGAGAACAGAAUUCCAUUAGAUUACAUCAAACACUUCAACUUUGAAGAAUUUCUUAGAUAAAUUAGUCUCAUUCAAUAAUUAUAACCUUAUUUGUCAGCCUGUUCAUGUAAGGCUGAGGGAACAGCCAAGUAUGACAAUGGAACAGUCCAGCAGUCUUGUGAUGUCAAGACAGGUCAAUGUAACUGUGCACUGCCUGGUAUUAUAGGAAGGACUUGUGACUCUUGUUCUGCUGUCUCAAAAAGUGAGGGGUUGUUUGUCUUUCAAGAAAAAUAAAGCAAGUUUGACUUGGAUUAUUGUUCACAAUAUUUUGAACAGUAAUGGUGGCUGAAAGAAUUUUUAUUACUUUGCAGUUUUAAACUUCAUUUGCGCACGCUUGUCUCAAGAAUCUGAAACGUAUAAAAUACUAUCUUAAUUAUUUUUUUUUGGAUCACCAUGACAUAAAUAAUAGGAUUUUAUGUAUGGUUAACAGAAAAGCUAGGUACACAAUUAAUGACACUAGAAAAAGUUUUAUUGCUUUUCUCACUGUUCAUGUUUCAGGUGUAUUCCAAUAUGUCAGCCUGUUUCACAUUGGUAAGAAAUAAUUGUUACGCUUUAUUUAUUUGCUGAAUAGAUUAACAAGGUGUUCACCUGGUCUAAAACAUUUCAAUGGCACUACUCAGUGGAUUUUUCAUAAAUUUUCUUCAUUUGUAAUUUAGUUACAACACAUGAUAAAUUAUUUUAAAGCUUAUAUUAGGGUUUUUAAAAAUAAAUUUAAAAAUGUAUGGUAAUUAUAUAGAGGAAAAAAAAUUACAGCAGUUAAAUUUCAAAGGAAGAUAGCAAAUAAUCAUGGGUAGAAUUUUCAUUUCAAUUCAAGACAAAGUAAAAGCAACUUAUUUUAUAACAAAAAUGCAACAGGUUAUAGGCUAAAACAGAACUGUCUCUAACAGUUUUCAGUUUCUCAGUUUGUUUUGUUUACAUCUCUGUAAAUAUACAAAUGAAAGGAUAAUGGAAUCCCUGCCGAUUUCUUAAAUACAAAGAAAGAUAUGGACUGUAUUAAAGCUUAAAGAAUAUUAUGUGAUUAUCAAUAGACUUGGAUCAUUACUUUCCCCAUGACAUUGUGGUGCCUCACCUCACUGUAAUUUAUUGGGGAUUGGGGUAAUUGCUACUGCAUUGAUGCAGGCAAGAAGUUAGUGAUACCUAAUUGUCUCUAGCAUUGCCCUACAUUUUAUUAACAAAAUCUAGCUAAGAAUGACUGUUUAAGUAAAUAUUAUUGAUGGCACAGGUGAAUUCCCUCAAUGUGUUCUGUGUGGCAACUGCUUUGACUCCUGGGCUGAAACAAUAGACAACAUUGGAAAACAUUUGCAUGAGAUGGACUUGAGAGCUGAUGUCAUUUGGAGUGAAUUUGGUAGGAGUUUCUUUCAUCAUAGUCAUCACAAUGUAUACAAGAAAAUUAUGCUGCAACAUAUCAAUACAAUUAUGUAUUAAUCUUCUACUCACUUGAGUAGUCAAAUUAUUAAAACUGUAAUAGCAAUUGUAAUGUAAGUGCCUUCCAAACCCAUUCUUAUCUAGAUAACCAAACAUCAGAACAAGUUAGACAAGCACUGACAAACAUUGAAGAAAAAAUCAACUCCACCAAUUUACUGUUGUCCAAAUUUGAGGCACUAGCCCUGCAACUGGAAGAGCUACAGAACAAGUUUGCAGAGGUAAGUAAGGCCACACUUUUCAUUUUAAUUAUAUAUCAGUGCAGGUGGGAUUGGAUUGUGGAGUGUUUACCAUCAGGAUUCUGUCGUGAUUUUGAAUGCAGUGAGGAAACCCCGAAUGUCCAAUCUACUACUAAGGGAAGAAAACUUUAUUUUUUUAAAAAAUUAUCUACAAGCCUGAUAUUUAGAGACAUUUUUGUACAAUACAAUGUAAUGUAAGGUGUACGGUGUAGGCUUUUAAAAAGUUAGCACAAACAUAGAAAACAAAGCAAAAUUUAUUUAAAAAUAAUUGUAAACUUCAGGGAUCAGAAAAGCCAGCCAGUUGACCUUAAUGGGCUAGCACAAAAACAUCAAGACUGCAAGGAACUGUAUACAUUUGACUAAAAAUGCUCAAAUAAAAAAAGGUUUCAGUCAUCCAAUGUUUUGAUAUGUGAGAAAAUAAAUAUCAAGAGAUAGGUAGCUAAAAAAAAAGUAUAAGCAAACAAUCUCAACUUUUAAACUUAGAACAUCAUUUUUGAGUCAUUUUUAUUGUGGCUUGAGAGUCUGUCUCGUUCAUUUGGGAAAACCUAUGGUUACGUUUAUAUAGAUGAUCACAAACAUAUGAAUAAAAAACUAUUGUGAUGCUCCAUUUUGAUGAUCACAAACAUAUGGAUAAAAAACUAUUGUGAUGCUCCAUUUUGUACAGGCACAGAGCAAGCAGAAUGAUGUCUCCAAUGAAAUAGAU